CUCCGCCUGCCGCUCGGGCUGCGGCUUCUCCCGGCGGCUGCUCCCCGCUGUCUCCGCGCCGUCUCCGCCGCUGGGCCGGGGGGGGGGGGGACGCCGGCGCGACCCGCGGACCGGCUACCGGCGUGCGAGCCUCCGCGUCCAGCCCGGCCUCCGAGGCCGGGGACUCGAGACAGAAUCCAGCGUCCACGCCCCUCGCCCUUGGUCCCGGCGGGCGGGCGAGCGGCGCUCUGGCCCUUCCCGGGCGGCGCCGCCACCAGCGCCCGCGCCCAGAGGCAGACUUGGAAACAAAUUGAAGUCACUUUUUACAGCGAGAAGACUAUUAGGAAGACAGCAUGGGAACUCCUGGUUCUGGACGGAAAAGGACGCCUGUGAAAGAUCGUUUUUCUGCAGAGGAUGAAGCGUUAAGUAACAUUGCCAGAGAGGCAGAGGCAAGGCUGGCAGCCAAACGGGCUGCACGGGCAGAAGCAAGAGAUAUUCGCAUGAGAGAACUAGAACGGCAACAGAAAGAGCACUCUCAUCAUUCCUAUGAUCGGAAAUGGGGACAGAUUCAGAAGUGGCUGGAAGAUUCAGAAAGGGCCAGGUAUUCCCACCGGUCCAGUCAUCAUCAUCGUCCCAGCCUGGGAGUUGAGGAUACGUUUUCCAUUCGAAGUCUUGGCAGUCACCGGAAUCCAUCAAAGGACAUGACUGAGACAUACUGGAGCAGAGCCAGUACCCCCAAAAGGAAAGAUGUCAUGUAUGAUACACUCAAGGAUAGAUCAUCAAGACGUUCAUCAUUAAAUCACUCUCUGAGUCACUCUUACGGAACAAAGAAGAGAUCUUCUGGUUCCUAUAAAGACCCACUGAGUGGCCUCUACUUUGACCAGAGAAACUAUAGCAGUCUUAGACAUAGCAAACCUACUUCUGCCUACUACACUCGGUCUUCUUCCCUGUACAGUGACCCACAGGCAACUUCUAAGAGUAACAGGACCUUUCUUACUACAGAUUCUGGUCUGCUGAGAAGUGCCAGUCUGGUAUCACUGAAUGAUGGUGGAUUGUAUAGCCCUUAUAAUUCUCGAACUCCAUCUGAAUACAGUUACUGUUCAUCAAGAACAAGUUCAGCACGAAGCAGUCCUGUGUUUACCGAUGAUGACAAUGCAAGCGUCGUAUCUUCUGGCCGUGCCAGUCGUGGGCGAAGGGAUAGUGUGGUUUCUGCUGCUGAUUAUUUUAGUCGCUCCAAUCGUAGGGGAAGUCUUGUCUCUGAGGUGGAUGAUGUCAGCAUCCCAGAUUUGACCAGCUUGGAUGAAAAAUCUGACAAACAGUAUGCAGAAAACUACACAAGGCCUUCAUCUCGAAAUUCUGCCUCAGCAACUACUCCUCUAAGUGGAAACUCUUCGAGAAGGGGGAGCGGUGACACCAGCAGCUUAAUUGAUCCCGAUACUUCAUUAAGCGAAUUGCGGGAUAUCUAUGACCUUAAGGACCAGAUUCAGGAUGUAGAAGGGAGAUACAUGCAGGGGCUUAAAGAACUAAAGGAGUCUUUGUCUGAAGUGGAAGAAAAAUACAAGAAAGCCAUGGUUUCCAAUGCACAAUUAGACAAUGAGAAGAACAAUUUGAUCUACCAGGUAGACACUCUCAAGGAUGUUAUUGAAGAGCAGGAGGAACAGAUGGCAGAAUUUUAUAGAGAAAAUGAAGAAAAAUCAAAGGAGCUAGAAAGGCAGAAACACAUGUGCAGUGUGCUACAGCAUAAGAUGGAUGAACUUAAAGAAGGCCUGCGACAAAGAGAUGAGCUCAUUGAGGACAAGCAGCACAUGCAGCAGAAAAUAGACAGCUUGACAAAAGAGGUGUUUGACCUUCAGGAGACACUUCUUUGGAAAGAUAAAAACAUUAGGGCCCUAGAGAAACAAAAAGAAUCCAUUGUCUGCCUAAGAAAUGAGCGAGAUAUGCUCAGAGAAGAGCUGGCAGACCUGAAGGAGACAGUGAACCCUGGAGAGAAACAUGGCUUAGUCAUAAUCCCCGAUGGCACUCCCAACGGUGACGUCAGUCAUGAGCCAGUGGUUGGAGCCAUCACUGUUGUGUCUCAGGAAGCUGCUCAAGUCUUAGAGUCAGCGGGAGAAGGACCACUAGAUGUAAGGCUACGGAAACUUGCUGGAGAAAAGGAAGAGCUGCUGUCACAGGUUAGAAAACUGAAGCUGCAGUUAGAGGAAGAACGACAGAAGGGUUCCAGGAGUGACGGCACAGGGGCUGACCUGGCGGGACUGCACAAUGGCUCCGACUUGCAGUUCAUCGAAAUGCAGAGAGAUGCCAAUAGACAAAUUAGUGAAUACAAGUUUAAGCUUUCAAAAGCAGAACAGGAUAUAACCACCUUGGAGCAAAGUAUUAGCCGGCUUGAGGGGCAGGUGCUGAGAUACAAAACCGCUGCUGAGAAUGCAGAGAAAGUGGAAGAUGAACUAAAAGCAGAGAAAAGGAAGCUGCAACGAGAGUUACGAACAGCCCUGGACAAGAUAGAGGAGAUGGAAAUGACCAACAGCCACCUGGCCAAGAGGCUGGAGAAGAUGAAGGCCAAUCGGACAGCACUUCUGGCCCAGCAGUAGAGCCGUGCUUCUACCUGGGUGCCGCUUAUUAGGGCUCCGCCCAGAGGGACUGACUUUUUGUCCAGUGACACACAUCCCUUCCAGUACUGUUUGUCAUUAAAAUAGCCACCUUUGUAUUUUAUAAUUUAUGAGAGAAUGAAACAGGUUUGAAUCUUCAUGAAUGAACACUUUGGACUUUAUUUGUAGUUUCAUUCUAGACUUAGAAAACUGGUCCAUGCAAUUUUUGUUUUGUAUUUCCAUAGUUUUAGAAUCAAGCUUAUUCACCAUUUUCCUUCAGCUGCCUGGGAUUGGAACUCAGAGGUCCUGCACAGGUUCUGGAGGGCAGUGACUCUGUGAGUGCUCGCUGAGGUAUUUGCUGGAGACCUCAGAAAACAAGUGCCUUCUCCACAGUGCAAUUCAGACGUUCAUGAUGUCCAGUGGUCAAAAGACACUGGCCCCCAGUGUCAGAAAGCAUUUAUAUUUUAGUGAGGACACAAAUUCACAGCAGGGGAAUAUAUGCUCCACUCAAAUUUAUAUGUUUGGAGAAAAUAGCCUCUUUUUGUAAAAUAUUUAAAUUUAUAUAAGAAAAUGUUAGAAAAAGGUAUGAGGAGUGUAUAUAAAAGUUGCUUAAUUGCAUGGGUUAGGAGAAGUCUAAGGCCUACUACUUUUUUCAUGAGUAGAGUCCUGAGUCUUCAACAUCAGCUGUGCUAUAUCUUGUAAAGUAUUUCAUCUGCUGCUUAUUUGUGGAAUGAAACCUCAAAUUAGCCCACGGGGGAGGGAGGGGCAGGGCAGGCAGGUGAAAAGUCUGCCUGCCUGCAGAUUCUAUUAAACACACCCUUUUGCUGUCUA